GUUUUCUGUUCCCAAAGUUAAGCUUUGAAGACUUUAUCCUGUGCAAAAGUCUUUCAGCAUCGCUUUGUCUAAAAGGAGUGCAAAGGCGAAUUUAGUUAUUGCACAAGGAUAGGCGUUCCCUAACGGAAAAGUGCGGAUGUAUGCUAGAACAGUCCAAUAGGAUCUCGUUAGCUCGUGCAUGGCUCUGCCCACCGCCUUGCUUGUUCUGCCCACUACGAUAAUUUAUUCCCAUUGGAAACGAAAGGCUGUGGUCUAUCUUGGUUUAGUUAUGCAAGUCUUUGGAGCUAUUUUCCUAAAUUCCUUGACUAGAACACGGAAGUAGGAUUGGAUACGACUGUGUCACAGACAGAAGGGGAUUUAGUUAUACAUGUCUUUGACUUUGUUUUGAAUUCCCUGUGUGGAGUAACGAAAGAUCAACUGACUAAACUGAAGACUGAAAAUGUCUAAACUACAGUUGCUGCGUGUGUUUUUGAAUGAUCGUUUAACGGCGGCUGCUGUAGAGAUAUUCGGGGCAGUUGAGAAAACGGUAGUGGAGUACCAGGAGGAGAAUGAUCGGCUACGGAGACUGCUGCGGAGGACACCGGAGAUACAACUAUGUGGAAUAGACUCCCUGCAGCUCUCUGUCUCUGAAGAGGACUUUCCCCCUGAGCAGCAGCACUGUGAGCAGGAGUGGAGCCCCAGUCUGGGGCAGAAGGACCCAGGGCCCACACAGAUUAAAGAGGAAGAGGAGGAAGUCAGGACCAGUCAGGAGGAAGAGCAGCUUCAAGGUCUGGAGCCUGAUAUCAUGGAGUUCAUAUUCACUCCUUCAGGUGUGAAAAGUGAAUGUGAUCAGGAGGACCCACUUCAGUCCUUGGCUCUUCCCCAAACCAAGACUGUGGAGAACAGAGGGAGAGACUCUAAACCAGUGGAUCUCAAACCUUUUGUUACUGUGACCCACUUAAAAGGUCUCGACAUUCCCUGUGACCCUACAGAUACUCAAAAUAUUGCCUUCAGCCACAGCUCAGCCAUAAGCAGAGACCCAGUAGGACUCGACAGCAGCCCACCAUUGCAUCCUAAACCACCAUUGGAUCAAAACCCACCAAUGGGGGAACACGGUUCCAAACUCAGCACCACGUCUAGAAAAACUCACCACUGCCGUGACUGUGGUGAAAUGUUUCUUCUGAAAGCUGACCUGCAGAGGCACGUGACUCUUACCAAGAAUAUAAUCAGUGAAUGCCGCUUCUGCAAUAAACAAUACAAUUCCACCUGUAAAUUGAAGGCCCAUAUCCAACUCUGUCACAUUGAGAUAUCCUGCACAUGCCCUGUUUGUGGCAAGACCAUCAAACACAAAGGAGAUCUGUCCAGGCACAUGAGUAUUCACACAGGAGAAAAACCAUUUAGCUGUGGUGACUGUGGAAAAAGCUUCAAUCAGAAGGGGCACCUGAACUUGCACAUACUGAGUCACACAGGAGAGAAACCAUUUAAUUGUAGUGACUGUGGGAAAAGCUUCUAUCAGAAGGGAGACCUAGGGAAUCAUAUGCUGACUCACACACAAGAGAAACCAUUUAGCUGUGGGGACUGUGGGAAAAGCUUCUAUCAGAAGGGACACCUUACAGAUCAUAUACGGACUCACACAGGAGAGAAACCAUUUAGCUGUGGUGACUGUGGGAAAAGCUUCAAUUUGAAGGGAAACCUAAGGAAGCAUAAACUGACUCACACAGGAGAGAAACCAUUUAGCUGUAGUGACUGUGGCAAAAGCUUCAGUCAAAAGACUAACUUGCUGACGCAUGUCAAAAACAUCCACAAAGGAAGAAAACAGGAUGAAUAAGUGAAAGAAUAAAGAAAAUUAGGAUCAAAAUGUUCUGUCAGAAGAUAGGAAUAACAGGCAGGAUGUGGACAGCACUCGUAGGAAAGGAAAGCUACUCUGGAUAAUUUAUGCGUUUGGUUCGAGAUCAAUAGAUGGGGGUAUGACGGAUUUACUAUUGUAAAACAUUCUAUAUGAAUACAGUUUGAUUUGAAUUAUGAUGUAAUGCUUAAACAUUACACAGCAUCGUAGGAAGCUCACAGGUCUGCUGUUCAGUCUGUUUUCACGUUAUUAGAAACAGGAAUUCCUGGUUAUUUGUUUUCGAAUGUCUCUCAGGUGAUGAGAGAAUGGUCUGACUGAUGCGAUUGACACAUUAAAACGUUAAAACACUUUCUGUAUAAUAUCUCAUCAAACUAUUUCCCAUCGAUUUUUGACCAAAUCUUGCUCAUUCAUGAUAUUGAUUUCAGAUUUUAUGGAGUAAUGAUAUACAGUAGACUCCUGAUAAUUGAUUAAAAGCAUUCCAUGUGAAGCUGGUUGAGAGAAAAUAGUAAAAAUAAAGAAAAACCCUUUUUAAAAUGUUUUAAUUUAAAUGAUUAUACAAAAUUCUUGCAACCAAUAGAAUGUUAUAUAUAUGGGGGAUACAACCUUCCCAGCUCUGCAGAGUUUUGCUGCUUAGUUAAAUAUAUGGCAAAUAUAAAUAAAACUGGAUGGAUGUUAGUUAUGACUGCUUUGUGUCAUGUGGUGUCGUCUCUAACUUCUUGCCAUUUGUGCUGUUGUCUGGGCCCAAUAAUGUGCUGUUAACAUGUUUUGUGCUGCUACCAUGUUGCGUUGCUACCAUAUUGUUAUGUUGUGUUGCUG